AUGGCAUCUCUAAACCGUCUAGCGUUCAUGCCUGCAGUGUUCGUUUCGUCAUCCUGUGUCUGACCCAUCAACCUGUGAGCCCCUGAAGCACAGACCAAAGCAGUUCUUUACAACCUGUGGCACCACUGCAUCUUGGAUGUGUGACAAUGGAAGAAUUGGAUGCUUUAUUGGAGGAACUGGAACGCUCCACCCUCCAGGACAAUGGUGACUACUCCGACCCCACCCCUCCUCUCGAGCAUCAGCAUUCCACAAAGGAGAGUGACCGUGCUGAGACUUCAGACAUCCCUCCUGUUCUGGACGACACAAGCCCCUUGCCGGCGCAGCUCGUGUAUACUACUGAUGUCAAGAAGCCCCAUGUCUACAGUGACAUCGAAGAACCAAAGGAAUCACCACCACCUUCUAAAACGUCAGCAGCCGCUCAGUUGGAUGAGCUCAUGGCCCACCUGUGUGCAAUGCAGGCCAAGGUUGCAGUGAAAGCAGAUGCCAGCAAGAAGCACUUACCAGAUAAGCAAGAUCACAAGGCCUCCCUGGACUCAAUGCUGGGGGGGUUGGAGCAGGAGUUGCAGGACCUUGGGAUUGCCACCGUGCCCAAGGGCCACUGUGCUUCCUGCCAGAAACCAAUUGCUGGAAAGGUGGUCCAUGCUCUAGGGCAAGCGUGGCAUCCAGAGCACUUCAUCUGCAGUCACUGCAAAGAGGAGAUUGGCUCCAGUCCCUUCUUCGAGCGCAGUGGCUUGGCCUACUGCCCCAAGGACUACCACCAUCUGUUUUCUCCACGCUGCGCUUACUGCGCGGCUCCCAUCCUGGACAGAGUGCUGACAGCAAUGGACCAAACCUGGCACCCAGAGCACUUCUUCUGCUCCCACUGUGGAGAGGUGUUUGGCACGGAAGGCUUCCACGAGAAAGACAAGAAGCCAUACUGCCGAAAGGAUUUCUUAGCCAUGUUCUCACCCAAGUGUGGUGGCUGCAACCGCCCAGUAUUGGAAAACUACCUGUCAGCCAUGGACACUGUCUGGCAUCCAGAGUGCUUUGUGUGUGGGGACUGCUUCACCGGCUUCUCUACCGGCUCCUUCUUUGAACUGGAUGGACGUCCAUUCUGUGAGAUCCAUUACCAUCUCCGCCGAGGGACGCUCUGCCACGGGUGCGGGCAGCCUGUCACCGGCCGCUGCAUCAGUGCCAUGGGCCACAAGUUCCACCCCGAGCACUUCGUGUGUGCUUUCUGCCUGACACAGUUGUCGAAGGGAAUCUUCAGGGAACAGAAUGACAACAUCUAUUGUAAACCCUGCUUUGAGAAGCUCUUCUCACUAUAAUUUCAGCCAAACCCACAACCCCCUUCAGAUCUCCUGUGAAAUGUAAACCAAGAGAGGAAACAGUGCAUUUGGCUCUUAUUGACCUUCUGCUCAAUAAGCAUAUAGAGACAGUAAUGGUGAUGAACAGAGAAGGGAAUGACCAGGCUUGUGGCCUAAAGUUUCAGAUUUCUAGUUUUUGGGGGUUUUUUUUUGUUUUUUUUUUUAAAUUGGGUCCUUGGAUUUAGCUCUGGGUCCUGCUAUCUAGCACCUCUGCAGAUGUCUUUUCUACAUGCACAUGUUCAUUUCACAAUUGGUUCUGUCACAUAUUUCCCUUUUCACCCCUCUGACAUCCCAGCCCACAUCUUCUCUCCUUUGGCCUUUGCAAGCUUCCCACAUUUCCCCGUGACUCAGUUUUCCGCAGUCAUGGCUGUGGACUUUAUUCUUGCUCUGAGAAAUUGUGGUGCCAUUCUUGAGCUCCUUGCAUCUCCCUUGGGUGUAUUUCUCUUUUCCAAGAGGAAGUAGAUUUAUACUGAACAACUUUGAGUGCUGACAUAAUUGGAAAAUAAAGUGGCUUCAGUUUUAAUGGCUUAGUGUCAUAUAGUUUGGUAGAUAAACCUUAUGCUUUUCAUAUUAAUAUACUAGGCAGUUUGUGCAGUUAAAUUUGUACCAUACAAUUUUGUACAUACAAGCACUUUUUCAAUCAAAAGAAGUUCAAAGGAGGGACUCCUAUUCGCUAACUUUUUAAAAUUAAUUUGGGCCUGCCCAUAACAUUUAUUUUACUUUUUUUUUUGCACUUAAGUAAGUGAAUCAUCUUAAAAGAUGGCAAAGCUUCUUAAAAUAGUUUUCAUCACUUUGUUACUGAAAGAGAAAAACUGUAUCUCCACUAGAACUUGCAAAUCCAUAUUUGCAUAUGUAUGCAUGUCUCCAAACUCAUAGCAUUGCAUAUAUUAACUAUGUCAAGGUUUCUGUGUAUCAAUUAUAUACCAAUAAAACUGUUGUUUAAAAAUGAAAAAA